ACACACAUUUACUCUACUGUGAACAGGUGACCAUGUAAUGACCCAUUUAAGCAAGAGUCAGACAGAGAGGGUUAUUUCAUAUGCACACAGACUCAAAACAUAAAACAGAAACAUGAAUAGGAUUUUGGCCAUCUUAAGUUUAACUGUAUUUCUCUGCUGCUGGGCUGUGCAGAGUGCUGAACUAUCAAAUGAUGAAAAAAUCAUCAACUCUGGGACUGUAGUCUUUUUAGACUUCCUGGAGAAAGUCAGAAACACGACAGAGAAAUUUGUGAGAGAUGAUCAGUUCAGAAAAGCAAGGAUCAGUGUUCUAGACUACAUGAAAAAAUUAAGAGAGCUUGCAAAAUCACUGAAAACUGGUGAGAGUAGGGAGAGCCGGGAUGAUUCAUCUCGAAUACCAACAGUUUUUUUGGCAUCUACUGGUGGUACAUUUCUGGUAACAUUUAAGGAUGUCUUUGACAGGUUUUUCGUACCUUAUAGGAAGAUGUACCGUGAGGCCGUAAAGAGUGAGACAAUUCCAGACAUCUGGAAAGAAGUGGAGUCGUACUAUCUUCCAGGAGCUCCUCCAUUCUACCGUAAACCCAUGCAGUUCUUCAGCCACCUUCUGGCUAAGGCAUUGGUGAAGUCCCAGCUGGUGAACAUGCUUGAAGCUGGGGUGGAUACUGUUGUGGAGAUUGGGAAAAUUGACUUUAACCAACUUCAUGAGGAGGUGCAGAUGGUUCUGGAUCAGAUUAGAAAGAAAGCCUCUGAAAUUUCAGUUUUGGAAAGACAAAAAGAUAAGAAUGAUUUCCUUGUAUCAUUAAGAACUGCAUCUGGACUGAUUGUUUUUUACUGGGAUAAAGUUUUGGAACACACUGAAAGCCCAUCGUUCCAUGCAAAGUACAUGGAUUCUAUGAAGCAAUGGACAGAGCUAACCGAGUUGAGAAAUACAAGUGAAAAGUAUCAUGUGCUUUUAGCCUCAGAUACAAGACUUGGAUGUUUGUUAUGGGCUGAACAUUAUUUUGGUAAAUUCUUUGAGGCCGCGGCUCAGGAAUAUUAUAAUCGUGGAAAUGCAGCUCUGGGUUUGGACAGAUUCAAUCAGUCCAACUGGGCUGUUGUCAAGAGCGCUGUUGUUUACUCUCUUCCGGUUUAUGAAAAACUGUCUGACGUCGGCUUUGGGAUCACUGAGAUCAACAGGUUUCUUCACAGAGUUAAUGACAUAACUCUUAUUCUUGAAGGGAACGAUAAUUCCUAUAACAGAAAAACAUUAUUAGAAGAAAUCAUUCGUUUCAUUUUUUCUAUAUUUGGUUUUUUCAUUGAGCAGGAGACAUCAAAUAGCGAAGAUAACCAACUAUUACUGCCUUUGCGAGUAAUUAGGGCAGUUGUCCUAUUGUUUUGGAGUGCUAUUUUAGAAAAACAUGGAUAUUUUGAUGAGACUGCAUACCAGCAAAUGCAGAGCAAAUGGAAUCAUACCAUUAUUAAUGAGUUAUUGAAAAGUAAGGCUUUUACUCGAAAGCAGCUUGAAGAAGCACCAAAAAACCUUGUUCAAGCCAUUCACCGGAUCUUGGCCAAACUGAAGCAGUAUACUGAUCUCGUCGAUGGCUUUGAUGAAAAGAUCGAUCCAACUGUUUUAUUCUCCAUGAAGAUGAUGCAUCAAACAAAGGGCAGAUUUAAUGAGGCCUUGGACUUCCUGUUGGAGUAAACUAUAUUUAUUUGAAGGCAAUGUCAAGAUUGCAACUGCUGGCAAUAAGCAGGAUCGAACCAGGAAUGUAUUAACAGUACUUAACUAAGAUGCUGCUGUUAAUGUGUAUCUGUCUCUGAAGGAAUACUAGAAUAAUUGCAUUAGUGAACAUUGAUUAAAUCGAGUUCCACUGUAAUGCUUUGGUUUCAUUAAAAACAUGAUUUGUUGCA